CGUCCACCUUGCGAGCGAGUUGGGAAGAGCCGCGAGGACGCCCGGCUCCAACCCCGCGCGGGUCGGUCCCCGGGCACGGACGGGACUCGCCCGUGGGGACGCCAGCCUGGCCGCCUUGGGGCGGGCUAGAGCCCGAGGCGUGGGGGGGCGCCUGGGCUGCUGCCCCCGCUGAAUUGCAACCUCUGCUGGAACCGAGCGAGGCUGUUUCUCGGUCCCUGCCUCGGCUGGGGCCAGGGAUCAACCCGGGUCCGGGCUGCGUCGGGUCAGGCUGCAGGGUCCAGGGGUUUACAGCGGGCGGGCAGGCGCCCCCCCCCCCAGCAGCAGCGCUGGACCACCGGCGAGGCAGCUUUGCUGAGAUGCGUUGAAGUCCCGGAGUGCCAGAUCUCCCCCCCCCUCCCUCCAUGGAUGGCAGUGCCCUCUGUGGAUGAUGGGGCUUGGAACUCUGCGCGUCUGGAGGGGGAAAGGGAGGGCAGGGCUUUCAGCGUCCGUCUGAACCGGGGCUCCCAAGCUUCGGGAGCGCUGGUUCGCCCCUUGCCUGGAAGUUGCAACCGUCGCCAAGGCGGAGGUGUUGGGGAUGAAUCUUACCCGAUUUGGGAUGCAAGAUUGCUAGUCCUUAAUUCAGCGAAGGAUGGGAUGACUGGAAGAGGAGAGUGUCCUGCUUUUGAAAAGAGGCUGAGGCUUCAGGCGAGGUGCUGCUCAUGGGGAAAAGCAUUGCCUGGAAGGGAGAAAGAUUGCGUGCUAGUGGGACCGCCAGUGAAUGCAGCUGGCUGGAAGUGCAAUACCAUCUAUAAGGGAUUUGCAGAGUGCUUGGUUAGCCUUGGAGACAGCAUGGCUCAAAAUGUUCAGAAGGAUCUGGAGGAUGACACCAUCCAGGAUCAAGAGGAGUUGAACACCAUCUGUAGGUCCUGGGAUGACUUCCAUGCGUGUGCCACUAAGGUUUUGUCCAAUUGUCCUGAAGAGGCAGCCAACAUCUGGGAGUCCCUUCGGCAAGAGUCCCGAAAGAUCCAGUUCCAAGGCAAUCUACAUGAUCUGUGCAGCUCGCGGGCCCAGCUGGCUGGCGAUGGGAAGGCUUUACGUGUAGAUGAGACCAAUCAAGAGACCUUGAAGGGGGCAGCUUCUCUUCUCUGGCCCAGCCUCAUGGGUAGAUUGACUCUUGUAGCUCUUAUGGCUUUGGUACCCUUUGCUUAGUCUGGGAGCAGUGGAGAAGUCCUUCCUCCUCCUUUCUCCACCAUGGUAUGGAUCAGGAACCUUGUUCUUUUUCUUUCUAAGGAAUAUUGUUGAGCUUAGGAGUUGAUGGCAAUGCCUGGUGUGCCCUGAUUGUAGGGCAUCUAGUCUCUUGUGUAGGAGGACAGGAGGCCACGGGGCUUACCUGCCUGGAACCUGCCUAGGUAAAAUCACUUCAGGUGUAUGUAUUUAGUCAAUUUAUCCUCUCAACAUAUAACUCAAGGCAGCAAACAAUCAAAACAACACUAUAAAAAUAUAAUCAAAUGCAAAACAAAUUACACUAGAAGCAGCAUAAUAACUAAGCACAACCAAUCUGGAUAGGUUCAGAAGACCUCCUGACCCAAUGUCUGUGGGGAAAAAAACAAGUGUUCAAAGCCUUACCAAAGGUAGGAAGGGUCAUCCAUAUCUUGGGGGAAUACUCUUCCACAGGGCAGGUGCAAUAACAGUGAAGGUAUGCGUCCAUAAGAUAUCAUUGCUUACAUGAUGGGAAUUGGAGCAUGCCAACCUUGUUCAAUCUUACUGGAGGUGCCAAAAAUAAUUGGAGACAGGUGAUUUCACCAAAAUCAGGCCUUGUACCAUGAAGAGCUUUAAAAGUGACAACCAGCACCUUCAGUUGUACCUAGAAGCUCACUGGCAACCAAACACACUCACAAAGUAGUGGUGUUCAUGGAGAGCACGAGCUACACUCAUAACUAUGGCCACUGCUGCCACCAGUUGCAGCUUCUAAGUGAUCUUCAAGAGUAGUACUACAUUGGUUGCAUUGCAGAAAUCCAGACAGGAGAUGGCCAAAGGCAUGGCCAUAAACAGGGCCUCCCAAUUCAGGAUUGGUUGCAAUUGUUGCAUAAAUGAAUGUUGCAAAAGAACCCCAAGCCAUGGCUACCUCCUGCUGUCUAAGCAGGAGUUGUGAGUUUGAGAGGUUUCCCCAAAUAAUGCAUCCCGUACAGAAGCAGAGAUGGAAAAGCUCUGGAACUGGUAAGUCUCAAAAUCCAUAGUCACUUCAUCUUGCGAAGGUUGGCCCUAAAUCUGUUCCUCCCCAUCCAGAUUCCCCUAACUUCCAGAUACUAAUUUGGAUGAUAACUUUGGAUGUGCUAAGGGUGCACCUUCUCUCCUUACACAUAGUAAUCAUGGAAGCUAGCACAUACCAGGAGUUGCAGGUUUCUAUCCAGGUCUCUAUCUGGUCUUAUCCUUCGAUCGUCUCUCCUUCAUGUUUCUCACUCUCUUCUUCUUCUGGAAUGCAUAUUGAGUCACACUAUUAGACCUUCUAACUUGUCAGUAUGAAUUGGGAGAAGGCAAAGUUUUUCCAGAUUUCCCUAGAAAUAGUAGGGAUUGAUUCCAGAAUAUUCUCCAUGCCAAGCAGGUGUUUACUCACUGGACCAUCACCCUACUCAAGAGACCUGCGCUAGGGAACUUUUCUCAAAGAUGCUCAAACGUGUUCCAGUGUCCCACAAUCCUUGUUUCCAUUUUUCUCGGGAGUAUCUCAUUAGGAGAGACAAUCUGGGCCAGGUGAGUUUACAUGGUGGUGUGUGGUGGUCCUCAAUGAGCUCAACCCCUUAACUCUGUGUGCUAGUCAUUAUGUGUGCACUGACAUCUGUCGGUGGCUACGUAUUUUAUAGCUUUCCCUGUUCAAGAAGAUGUCAUCUGUAGUUUCUUUUUUUGUGGAAAGCAAUUAUUUUAUUUCUACCCACUUGGUACUUUUAUGUGUCCCAUUGGGUUCUCCAAUUUUUGGCCACCUGAGGGCAAAAUGAAUCCAGUGUUGUGUGUGCUUAUAUAAAAAAAAGAAUGGUUUUUUUUCAGACCUCCUCUCUCCCCACUGGACAUAGCUAGUAGUCUCACUUGUAUGGUUGAUGACAGUCUAUUGAUCUUGCUACCAACGAGAGGGUGCAUGUAAUAUUAUAUCACUGCUAUUUGCAAGUCUAAUUCUGAGCAUUCUGCAUUCUCUGUUUCCUUACAGAGAUGAGAUGAGGAUAUGGGUAAAAUGUGGUGGUCUUAACUGUUUUGUUGGCCACAAUCCUUUUUGGGAGAGCAGAAACCAAGAUAUCUUUCCAACAUGGCCCUUCUAUAUUAGAAAGACAUUUUCAUGUCUUGUCACUUCUUGUUGGAUUAGAAUGAAAUCCUCAGCUCUUGUUCAUUCGUAUCUGCUGUUUAAAUGUCUGUCUAUAUUUUUAUUAAAAGGCAUUUUUGCAUAUA